AAAAAAGAUAAAUUUGCAUAAUUUUCGGAUCAUUUGAUUAGAAUCCGUUGGAUGGAGAACUCCGGCGGAUGCGACGUCCAGUUACCGCGUGACUGGCCUACAUCCAGUCACUGAAUCCCCAUCCGUUGGCAUGCCGAUCUCCUCCCUGUCUGUCCGCUUCUUCUACACUCAUCCCGCCCCUACUGGAACCUGCAACGGGUGACGGCGGAGCCAAAAUCUGCUGCCUUCCCCAUCGCCUCGAACCGGCACCGCAAGGUUUUGCCGAUGAAUAGGUUGUGCCGGCCGCCGCUUUUGGUAGCGAUGGGAGGAGGACCGAGAUGCCACCGUCCGAGUCUUCGCAGCGCUGCCGGUCUCUAUCUCCACCAGAUCCGUUUGGUGUCUCGUGUGGACUAUAUUUUUAUCAUGGCCCACCAUCUGGCCGGCGGGUGUUCGUUCCCCCUUUGCCUGCCACCAAGGGGCAUGACGGGAGGCUUCUACCGGAGGUCCUGUUGUGGUGGUGGUGUUGGUGCGUCGUCCGCGUGAGAGACAGGAGGAAGGUUUACAGGGUGCAGUGGGCACGGUGACAGAGUGAGAAUGCUAAAGAGGCUCGCCCGAUGCCGAGGACUUCCUCAACUGAGACCCAGCCACAAGUAUUGCAGGUGGUUUUGAUGACGUGGGCACGCGCCAGCUAUUCCAAAGUGGCAUUGCCUCCUCUGCUCCGCUUCCUCGCCUCGCGCCAUGGCGGGCAGUGGAGGCCAGGCGCCCCGUCCUCGCUCUGCUUCCAAGUAGUUCCCUCCCGCCCUGUGGCCGCCGCUACGAAGAUGCCCAUGCCACACCACAGACACGGUCAUCGGAGCGGCGGCGAGCCGUCGUCGCAGGGCAGCAGCUGUGAGAGCUGCAACGGCGUGGCGGACCACGCAUAUGUGUCUCAAUCUCGGGCGGAGCCGCUAGUGCACGCUGAAGGAGCUGCAGAUGGCCAAAGCGACAACCCAAUGUUUUACAUGGAGUCAGCAGGGGAAUCCUAAAAAUCGAGUGGAGAGCAAAAAUUCAGAUCAAGUGAACUCUGCUAUUCCAGGACAUGAUCUUGUUAAUCUCUGUAAUAGCACAACGUCAGUAGCUGGACACAUGAGGCCAUGUGGGUAAUUCUUCAUUGACAUACAGACUACAGUAGCUUGCUGCAGAACAAGAACAAAUAUUCAGGCAACGGGAUGCUAGCCCUCAUGCUGUCCACGGCCACUGCAGAGGAAGACCGGGGCAGCGGAGGGAACACCGGCGGAGGCCUCUAGGACUAGGAGCAUGCGGUUGCGGGCACUCGGCAAUGGGGGCACGCAGCGGCCGGAGCACGAGCGGUGCCCGGGCUGCUCGGCUGCUCCGGUGACGAGGGAAGCGAGGCGCGGGGGUGUCAGCGGCGGGCAGAGGCGGCGGCGCCGCAGACAGUGGGAGCCAUUGGCGAGCAGCUCUGUGGACAGAGCGGGCGAGCGGGGCGGCAGCGAUCAGCUGGAAGGGAGAGAAAGCAGAAGAGAUGAUUUAGACAGAGCUAAACCAUCUUUUCGUCCUAGCUGUGCUAAACUACUAUCCACGUCAGCUAAACCACCGGUCAAUACCACUCUAGAUGGGUGGAGGGGGUCAAUUGCACGGUAUAUAAUACUUAGGGGGGUUAAGUACCCCAAACCAAACUUAGGGGGGCUUAGUGUCCUAAACCUGAUAGUUAGGGGGGUGAUGUAGACUUCUUUCUCUGUUCGAGCAUGCACCACUGUUGGAACUUGCCGAGUGAAGAAAUGAUGUCACGGACAGCACGAGAAUGGCUGCUGAAUCUACUAGCCAAACUGAAUGAGACACAACGGCUAAUGGCGCUGAUGGUUCCGUGGAGAUCCUGGCGUGUACGCAACAAAAUUAUUCUUGAUAAACCAGUCAAGGCAUCCCGUAGAUUUUUGUGCAAAUACGUACACAGUGUACUGAUGAUAAAUCACUGUCCAAAAGCUGAUGCUUGCAGAGGAAGUGAGGUGCAAAUGCAGAAGGCAUGUGUGAGACCAGCGUCGGGGAGGUUAAAACUCAACUUCCAUUGAAGCUAUGUCUAAGCGAGAGGAGAACUGCAAGCAGCACAGCAGCGUGCUCGCGGCCGACAGCGACAUGUUCAUUGACAAGGCCAUUGGUCAUUGUAAAAUGAUUAGUAUUGUUGUUGAGAUUUUGCAUUUGGUCAGCGUAGCAAGAGUAGUCAUUAGUGCUGUUGAAAUUGCAAACCAGCAUAAGUAAUGCUCAUAUGUUAAAAUGUAUAUAUACUGAGCAGAUUAGCAAUCUUAAUGUAGCAAAGUGAGCCAAUUAGCAAUGGGGUUGAUCACUAACAAUGUAGCGGAUCAUGUUCGUCAUGGUAUGAGCUAGCACAAUAGCAUCAUUUUUAGGCAAUGGGUGCCAAAAUUCAGGGGAAUUGGUUGGCGGAGUUUUCGUUACGUGUAUGGGUCACCAAAUGAUCUACUAUUAGUUUGCUAGCUUGUGAGUAUAUAUUAUUAGUUGUUUGUAAUGAAAUAAAAAUAAAAUUCUGUUGAAAAAUUGAAUAAGAUAUUGCCGAUUUUCAGAGCAGAGUUACAACUCACAAUAACUUCAGAAAUAAAGUGGAAAAAGACUAUGGCAUACUUACUUUUAAUAUGAUGGUAAAUUGUGUAUAUUGCUUGCUUAUAUGCAUCUUGUAUUUAACUAUUUAUAAUCCAUGCUGAUAUAUUGAAAUGGUUAUCCGUUCCCACUAUCACAGUGGUUAGCUUUCUUUUUUUUGUGUGUGAAAAUGGCUUUUUUUUUUACUUACGUACAUGAGGUUUGCAUCUUGCUUAUUAUUUACACAGGAAUCAUGACCUUAUGUGACCAAGAUUUUUCUACGAGAGCUUGAGAGGCAAGUGUGUUCCUGUAAACUACUCUAUUGGCUGGCCAAAUAAUGCAUACUUCUCCAGGACCUUCAUGCCAUGGGAAAGCAGCAACCUAAUCCAAGCUUCAACAUUAUAUACUAAUUGACUUGAAGUCACAAAGGAAGAUUAAAAUUCCCUGGUUAGUCAUGAUUAUUUUUUGAUUAUGUGUACCACAAUAUUAAUUACCUACACUAUGAUGAUAUGUCUGGACCAUACAAGCAACCUACUCUCAGUGAUAAAGGAGGAUUUGAGAUAUGCCCAAGGGAAAGAAUUGUCUCAAUUUUAUAUCACAUGUUCUCUUCCUACGAAAGAAAUUUUUGUUAGUUCAAAAAAUAUUCUAAUUCAUCGUUGAGCACCAGAGAAUUCAUAUGAAUUUUUAGAGAUAAAGCCAAAAAGAGAUCGCAUUUGUGCUGUCAGCCAUUGAUUAGAGGCUUGGGCUAUGAAAUGGACAAUAUUACAGAGAUCGAUCUUGUGUCUCACGAUUUUCCUCACUAUGUUUACAAGGUUACCACAUUCGAAAGUAGUGCUUAAUAAUAUUAAUGGCACCACUUACCUUGCAAGUACAUUGAGAAACGAGACUGCAAGUACAUAUGCAGUGCUUUCUGGUUGCUUUUUCCUGAAUGUCUACUCUUCUAAGGCCAUGCAUAUGUCAUUGUCAUAUUGACCAGUAAUUUGCAUGUUGUCACGAUUGCUGUUAAAGGUCGUCGAGCACCAAAGUGAACUUUACAGCUCACUGAUAAAGUUUUAGGCUGCUUUUCGUAUGGUCAACAUGUCCUCCAAAUUUGGUGUGGAUGCUGACAAUUCCGAUUAUGUGUGUCGUUCAUCCUAGGAGACAUCUAUAAUAGAUCUUUGGAGCAAGAACACUGAUGUCCUCAAUGAUGGUAUACUAAUAGAAGUUAGUGCAAAAGAGGUUGAGAUUGCCCUGGUUUCAGGCUGCACAUGCACAAAAUAGGACUGUAAGUCCCUAGGAUAUCGGUUUAUUUACUGGAUUUCUUUCCUCUUAACGGUGUGACCUUCAUGUUGACAUUUUCUCGAGUAUUUUGUUCCAAUGGUGCUAAGCCUCUCAGAAAGCUAUGGGUCUCAAUUCUGCAUCAACACAAAAAUUCCGGAGAUUAUUGCUCUGUGCGACAGGUGAUCAUUUUUCCAUCUGGUGUGCCAUGCAUAUGUGCUCUACAUAUUAAUCUAACGAAGUUGUUGUAUAGUGGCCACAUGACUCUUUGCAUUGUGUUAAUUGGUGAAGUAGAUAAGAGUUAGAGUGAGAUUGAAAUGAUCACAGUAGUAGAGCUCUCCACUAUGAACGCACAUAUAACCUUGAUAUCCAUU